GACGACAUAUCCGCCCACACACCCUGCACGCUGGCGCAUUUCGACGUCGUCUCUCGACGGCUUCAGAUCGUGUUCUGUUUGGAGUGAGGAGAAUUUUGUUGGGGCGCCGCAGAACUGACACUGGUUCUGACCACCGGCCCCAAAGUUUGAUCUACUUCGACUACAUUCCUGAACACACCACCUACGUGACGUCAAAAGCAUGCGGUGGAUUGUGCUUGUCUCGGCUCUGCUGCUGACCGCCUCGAUCGUGUCCUCGCAGACAUGUCCUGACGGAUGGCUGGGAUACCAGCAGUCCUGCUAUCUGAUAGUGGACACUCCAAAAACAUGGCAAGACGCGAGGGACGAGUGUCGUCUUCUACAGGCAGAUCUGGCUAGCCUGACUACUACAGACGAACAGACAUGGAUGGCGACGCAGAUAAGCGGCACGUACUGGUUUGGUCUGUCCGACAUCGUGACUGAGAACGGCUGGCAGUGGGCGGACGGUACGGUCUAUGACCCUUCAGUCACGAACUGGGGCCCAAAUGAGCCGAACAACGCCCAGAACGAAGAGGACUGUGCCGAGAUUUUCUCUAAUGGACUGUGGAAUGACCAGUCUUGCUCAGACACGCGGGGUUACAUCUGUGAGAAACCCACUGGUUGUGAGACUCUCAGCACGGACACCCAGUACCGGUACCGCUGGAACCUGCCGCGGCUGACAGGAGACCGGUUUGAGUUUGAAGUGCAGGCGACCAAUGACGUCCAUGUGGCUUUGUCAUCCCAGAGGCAUGACCUGGCAAACAUGUAUGAAAUCGUCAUCGGUGGUUGGGGUAACACACAGUCUGUCAUACGCCGCAGCAAGCAAGGCAGGAACCAUGCGAGGGCCUCGACAAGUGGAAUCAACUCUAACACUCAGUACAGAACGUUCUGGAUCACCUGGUCCCCAGACGGAACCAUUGCUGUCGGGAGGGGUGGUGAAACUCAGCCGUUCAUGCAGUGGACAGACCCCAACCCCCUGCCCAUCACCUUUGCCGGAUAUUCCACUGGGUGGGGGAGUACAGGACUUUGGAGGUUUUGUCAAAAUGCAGUUUGCGGGGCAGAGACAGGUACGUGCUCCGCAUGGGGAGAUCCACACUUCACGUCCUUCGACGGAACGAAGUAUGAUUUCCAAGGUCCAUGCAGAUACACGUUCACCAAGGACUGUGCAAACGAUGCCUUCAUUGUGGAAGUACAACAUGUACCUGCCCGCUGGAGGCCAUCCGUUUCAAUUGUGCGCGAAGUGUACGUCAUAGCAUACGGAUACGAAAUCGGGCUUCUUCAAGGCAAAGUUGUAACGGUGAACGGACCGACUCGUCUGCCUUCCUUCGACCUAGCGAAUGGCAAGAUCGAGGUCACAAUGAGCCCCUCCUUUGUCCGAGUAGAGUUGACAGAAUUGUGUGUGGUGAUUCUCUACAACGGAGUCCAUGAAAUUAAGGUGGAGGUUCCAAGUAACUACCGGAAUAGGGUGUGUGGACUGUGCGGUAACUACAACGGUAUACAGAGCGAUGACAAGGAGAUGCCAGAUGGGAACUUCGCCUCGAACUGGAACCAAUUCGGGAAUAGCUGGGAGACCGACACCAAUACGUAUGUUAUAUUGAUACAGGCUAUAUGAUAUAACAUAUAGAGA